UUUAUCUCUUUUAACAAAUGUAUUUCUAUUCUGCAAGCACCAUUCUUGAAAUUGUUAAUUCAUUUGAUUUACAAAUUUACCUAAUUAAUUGAAGGAGGGAAAAUAUUAACAUUAGGAAUAAUUGCUUCAAUUUCUAUUUAAUAAAUGGGAAUAGAUGUUAAAAUUUAUUCAAUAAUUAAUAAAUGUCCCUAAGGAAUAUAUCUGCAUUUUCUUGUACUUCUCUCUAAUGUUUUUACCUCUUUUAACAAAUGUAUUUCUAGUCUGCAUGCGACAUUCUUGAAAUUGCUCAUUCAUUUGAUUUACAUUUCGAUAUUUUAAUUUAACAUGUAGCAUAGAACCCCCCAAAAUAAACCAAAAUCUAUUUCUGUAAAAUUUCAAACUGUCUCACCUUGGAUAACACUUGGAGAUUGGACAUCAUAGUCGUGACAUUGUCACUCCCAGUCACCAAGACGAGUAUUUCCUGGUCUGGGCUCAAUUUAAUGCAUUUAAUUCCCUCUUCGAUAUUCGCGACGACUUCCUGAUCGAAUGGCCACUCUGGGGUGACUUUGACGAAUUCCCCUGACGAGUAGGCACAGUACAAGACUCCAUUGUCACUCCAGUACUCCACUCCAACCGGUCUGGAGUCGCACUGGACAUCAAUGUUUUUUUCAAUCGCAAUUUCAAUUUUUUGUUUGCAACUGAUGACAAAGAGGUGAUUCCCCUCGAGUACGAAGAUAGUGUCACUGUCAGGGUCAUUGUUGCAGAUGAAUUGUUUAUCGAGAGCCUCCAGGAGUUCUGGACAUCCAGCCUCUGCCUCCCUCAAGCCUCUGAUGCUGUGAUACAGAACAACUAGAUUCCUCAUUUUACAGUCUCUUGGAUGAAAAAAAAGGAAAAGGGGAAUCAGGAAAACGAGGAAGAAUUCUUCAUUAGUUUUUCAACGAAAAUUGAAAGUGACAGGAAUAGCAAAAUCGACGGUAGAGACACGAAUUUUUGUCGACUAUCUGUCAGAGGGGAGCUGCAACCACUUUCACAUAUGUUCAACACCAGUGUCUUUAUAGCCCCUUUUGAUCAGUCUAGUCCAAACAAUGGCGGCCUCGGUGGACGAGCAAAUUUCAGUUGAUAUGAGCGAUGAUAAAGAACCCCAGUUCGAACAAGCCACUUUCAACUGGUUGGAUAUCACUCAUGAAUUCUUUGAUGCCAUAACAGAUCUUGAGCUUGGUGAACUACUCCACGAUGAAUUAUUCGGUCUCUUCGAGGCAAUGUCUGCAAUUGAGAUGAUGGAUCCAAAAAUGGACGCUGGAAUGCUGUGCAAUCGUGGGAGUAAUAAACCCUACACGUUUGAUCAAGCUGUCGAGUCUGGCUCCAUUCGUCUCGAUAAUCUGACCCCAUCAGAAGUCAUUGGUAUCAUUGACUCCACUUAUGCCUGCAUUGUAUCGUGGCUAGAGGGUCACAGUCUGGCCCAAACUGUCUUCACUAACCUCUAUUUACAUCAGCCUGGACAAAUUGUUGAUAAACCACUGAAGACAUUUUGUUACGCAGUUUAUAAAAUUAUUGAAGUUAUCAAAGAUGCUAUUAAUAGAGCUAUGGUAUUCGAGGAGGAGGAUUUUCAGAGUGUUACCUAUGGCUACAGACUCCAGCAGGAUAUCACUGAGCAGAAAACAGUUUCGAUGCUCAAGGAGGUGGAGGAGGACCUGCAUAGGAAGAGUAGAAUUAAACCUGUUAAUGAAGAAACUGAGAGAGAGUAUAAUGAUGGUCUCGCUUUGUAUGCCCGAAUAAGAUUCACGAAGAUGUUCUACCAGACAGUCUCCUUGAUGGGAAAGAAGGAGAAUCCCUCGCAGAACCUCAUAGAGUGCCAGCGUCUCCUCUCUAACUGCUCGGACAUGAUCCAAGUGAUGUUGAAGACGGUGAACAGAGGUGAAAAAUUCGACGAGACAGCCAACCACCCCACGAUGAUGGGUUUCGACCCAAUGGUCAAUCAGAGGCUGCUUCCCCCAACAUUUCCCCGCUACACGAAGAUAAAGCCACGAGUCGAGGCACUGGAGUACAUAGACGAAUUAUUAAACAGAUUAAAGACAGUGACAAAGAUAACGAGUUGCACUGGCUUCCACAGUGCCCUAGAUUUCUUCCUAGAAUUCUCGAGAACGAGCCCCUGCAUUCUAUCAAGAUCAAUGCUGCAGAUUGUUUAUUUACCCGGUGGCAAUAGAGUCUUCGGGGUCAAUACGUUUACAGAUUUCUUGAAAGAUGCUGCGAGAAAUUUCUCAGCACCGCCGGCUCUAUUAUCCAGAAGUACUCUCCUCCAGAAUCAUCAAGCCAGAGAGUGUGUCGAGUUAUUUUUCUACCACUGUACAUCAUUAUUCGGCAGUUUAUUGCAACUGAGUGGGCACAAUAGGGCGAGACAGAGGGACAAGUUGGCACAUUUGCUCGAGGAUUUUGCAACACUUCAUGACGAGGCAGAACGCGUUGACCGACAUUUGAAUACUUUAUCACUGAAGAAUGACUCGUCACGGUCUCAUUUAGCGUGUUUCGGUACAUGGAUUUUUUAUCAUACACUCAGAGUUAUGGUGAUGUAUCUGCUGAGUGGAUUUGAGUUGGAAUUGUACUCGGUCCAUGAGUAUCAUUACAUUUACUGGUACCUCUAUCAGUUUCUGUAUGGAUGGCUGGUCUCCGCACUGACUCGUGCUGAUUCCUUCCUCAUGGAGCAGGACAUUCACAGUGAGAUGCAUAAAGGAAGAGGUGGGAAGAAGAGUGCCAAGAGCAAAAAGAAAAAAAUGGCACCGAGGCCCUACAGUUUGGAGAUACUCAUGUAUCAGGUGCUGCAAAAUCUCUGUGGGGGGUAUUUCAAGGCCCUCGUUGGAUUCAGAAUGGAUGGGAAGAUUCAUUUUCCAGAGACGCAGUUUGACUCUGAGAGGGUCAGGUAUGAGCACAGAUUGUUGCCUUUCUCUUCGUUACUCAUCCCUCCUGCUGCUGACUAUCAGAAAUUCCUCGAGCUCACGGACUCUCAUGUCGAUAGGAAAAACGAAGCUGUUACGAGUGAAAUGCAGUAUUCCUCUGCAUGCAGACACUUUCAUCGCGCUAAGAACAUGUUAGACUGUGCACAAACUCUAUGCCAAGACAGGAAUGCCACAACCGCUAAUGAGAUUGUCGAUCUUCUAAAAGUAACAAAAACAAAUUUCAUCGUCGUAAAACUCCUGGCCGACGGCCACAAGAGGGACUCCAAAGAACCUCCAGUCUUCGAUUUUUCAUGUCAUCAACAUUUUCCACUAAUUAAACUCGUAUGAAAUUAGGUCAAAUGAACCACUGACUCCCAAUUCAUUUAAAUUUCAGUAGUUACGGUAUAUUACAUUGAAAGCAAAUCUAGUAAUUUAUUUUUUAUGAAUUGUGAAUGAAACGAUUGCGAGGGAGAGAGAGAGAUAGAGAGAGAUUGACUCACUAGAAUUUCAGUCCACUAAUACAUUUGUUCUCCAUAAGAAACCCAAUUCCUCGAUUUCAUAAUUUUUUAAAAACCUAGGAAAUCGUGUUGAGCGCGAACCAAAAGAUGCAGUUUUAAAUCGAAAGGAGAAAAUUAAACUCUAAUGUGAAAUAGAAAUAUAGAGCCAUAUAAAUAAUGUAAAUCAAUACUACAGAUCAAACUAUAAAAAACAUUCAAAAAAUUUGUUCAACUUUUUCGUGUGAAGGAGGAAAAAAAUCGAAACUGUGAACGAGCAACUCUGCUUAUAAAAAAAUGGAAAAAAAAAUAAGAAGACUGUUGUCAAUUUUCUUUGAAU